GAUUCUUUAGGCGUGGACUCUCUAUUCAUUGUAUGUUUAGCCGUGGAUAUCCGGAAAUUACUGCAGAGCGGAAGAAAGAGUGACUUAGGGAGAGACUGAAGUGAAUAUGAAAAUGCAGUCACGUGUGAAAGGAGUUCAAAUUUGUGCCGCCUUGGGCCAACCAGCCACGUGCUACAUGGUGAAGUGUUAGAUUUUAUAAUGCGAGUAAAACACGUAGCGUUGUUUCGACAGGGCCAUCAGUAACUCCAUCGCAAUGGUCGUCAGUGGUGCGGAACCUCUCGUCCAGCAGCGAAAGUAUUUAAUUUCAGGUUUUCACACCUCUGAUAUUGGUCGGUGAUGAUCGCUCCCGGGCUUUUCAUUGGCGCUCUGGGAAUCGUCAAUUCCAGGGAGGGAAACUUUUGACGAGUCUCGGCCGAGACCACUGGAUCGGCAGCCUGGCAACGGUCUGCCGACUCAAUUCAGGAAGAAAAACUGAGGAGAAGUGGUGGCUGACGGUGAGCACUGAACCUCGCCCACUGGUUGCGAAACGCAAGGCCCAGGCUUGAGCCAAAAUAGAGAAGUAAACGUGAUUUCAUCCAAAUCACAUUUUACUUCUUUGCAGUCGAGAAGCCCAAUCUAGAUUCCUCGCUGUAUCCUGAGAAGAACCUAUGACUGUUCUUUGGAGUUUUAUUUGAACAAUUUUUUUUCUUGAAAACACCGUGAACUUCUGUUGCUAUGGAUUUGGCGGGGAUUGUAACAACCAUCUGCAUUCUGGUGUGGCUGAUCGGCACGGUGGCCAUUGUUCCGACCGAAGCCGGGAAGAAUCGAAACAAGCCCCGAGACAAGAACAGCAAGAGGGGCAACUCGGACCGGGGCAAAGACCGCGAGCAGCGACGCGACGGGCCCGAGAAGGGACGGGACCGGGGGAGUCGCCGCCGGCAAGGGGGAACGAGCCGGGACAGGGAGAGGAAAGGGAGGGAGGUAGAACAACUCCGCUGCCCGCCCUGCGAACAGCUCCACUGCAAUCCCAGGAAACCCUCCAAGCUGAAUUGCAAAGGGGGUAUCGGCGCGGGGAUCUGCGGCUGUUGUCCACGCUGCCUCAAGGUGGAGGACGAACUGUGCGGCGGCAAGUGGAAUUACCUGGGAAGCUGUGAUGCGGGAUUGGAGUGCGUCCAAGAUGUCAUGCUGGGGGUACAAACUGACGUACCUCGUGACCAAAGAAAAGGCAUCUGCAAGCCAAUUCCCCUGGAGCGUUCCCAGCCCGGUCUACCGCCCGUUGACCCUUCCCUCGCCAUCAGUGACCAGGGUCAGUUGGAACAGGUGCAGUGUAGACCCAAGUGCACACCCGAGUUCUGCGCAAACGACAGGAAGGCUAUAUGCUCCGCAGUUGACAAUGUUGAUCGCAAAAAGAGCUGCCAGGGAGAGUGCCAGCACACGUCCUGCAUGGCCUGUGAGUUUGUGGCCCUCGAACCGGACUGUGGGCGCUGCGGACGAGAUGACUUCCGUUGCAUGCGGCAAUUUGCAAAGUGUAUAAGACGGCAGGUGUGCUCCAAGGCAAUCUGGCCGUGUGCCAGCAUAGACCAACAGGAGACAUCAGGGAAGUUCCAGUGCCGGGUACCAGACUGCAUCCCAGGAUAGACAGUGGUUGGCACAUUUCAGCUUUAUCGCCCGCACACUGGCAUGAAAGAGGAGUCUGGAUGAUAGAUUUCCUUGUUUUAGUCUCUACACAUAAACCGUGAAUGUAUUUUUAAGAAUUUGCAACACUUGACUCUAAUCAGCUUUGUAUCUUUUGUUUAAAUACCGGUACAAGAGACCAAUUGAAGAUGCUUAUGUUCAGUGCCUACAAGUGUUCAACUGUUUUUGUGACAUACAGUUGACAGUGGUUGUUAGAAAUCAAUCAGUUAUGAAAGUAAAAAAUUGAUUGGUUUCUUGUAUUUACCAGAUCAUUGACUAUAAACGUAUUCAGCUAUUUAAGUAAGACUUUUGUAUUUCAUGACACACUGUCAUUUUGUUUUUUAAGUAGAUUACGAAGAUUUUUCUUUUCAGCUUUUCGGUAUUGCUUCAUUUGUUUUUGUAAUAAGAAAUCAGCUUUGUAAAUACAAGAUUGAUGAAUAUAUUUACUUUGUAAAAGUCACGCAAACAUGUUUUAUCUGAUCUUUUUCUUCUCCAUUUUAUAUUGACACUUUAACUGAUAUGAAAAUAGUCCAGCUUUUACAGAGUACAAUUACUGUCUUUCGUAAAGUGUAUAUGGGUGUUUGGAUUAGAAAACUUGUCACAGCAAAGGCCUGGCAUAUUGUUCACAUGACAUGAUAUGAUUCUACUUAUUACGAAUCUUGAAAUUAAGGGGUGGUUGAAGUGCAGCUACAUGUUAGCUAUAGGCCUACAUGUACAAUAAAAACUUGUAGGGUAGACAUUUAACAUUUAAUAGUUCUUCACUCGAUAUUAGCAGAUACUGAGGUUACCCAAAACUAUUUCUGGUUUAAUCUCACUUUUUUGGGAGCUUCUGAAACAGACUGAAAGGUCUCAAACAGUGGACAGAAUUACAACUUGUAAUGCAAAUCCUUUUAAAUUUAUUGGUGUUUUGCACAUUAUGUGCACAAUGAGCUCUUUUGAGAAUAGUAUAUAUCAAGAUUUUAGGAUAUUUUGUCUGGAGUGCUCUGGUAAUGUUUUAAAAAAUAACUAGUAGAACAAGCUUUAAAGCUUGAGUUAAGCAUUGUUCCCUUUUUAAGCUUUAUUCUGUAAUUAUUAGUUUUUAGGUUUCAAUUAGGAAUCAACAAAUACACUAUUUAUCAACAGUGUGUUCACAAAAGCAAUGUCAGCGCAAAAGCAAGGACAAACUGCUAUUUUAUAAUCAGCACAUUUCAAUCAAAAGGGUGUGGCGUCCAAACUUUGCCUGUUCUGUUUUCACAAUUUUAACAUCUUCCACUACAGAGAGGCUUUAGCAGCUAAGCUCAAUAAGCAUCCAGUGACAUGAAGCCAAAACGAAGAAGUUUUGACACACUUCAUGGCCUCCAAAUCAUUCUUCAGAUGGAGAGGAAAGCUGAGUAUGUAAACCAAGCUGAGAUACGUAGAGGACCCAUUUCAAAUUUGCAGAAAUAAUGUGUAUGCAUACCAAACCAUUCAAAGAGUAUCACACCAUUUCUUUUUCUUUUACUUCAUUUCAACCUCUCAAAACCUCUGUGUGAUUUUCACAGACAGUUUGCAAACGUUUUUGUCCAAGUUGAAUCUUAUUUUUUCUCUUGUAAAUAAUAGCUUUAGGACAAGACAGACAUUUUCCUGCCUUAAGAUGGCUUAAAAUUGUACAUGUAUUAUUUUGAUGGUACCUUGAACCAAGAUCAGUAUACCAAAGUUUUUACAUUAAAGAACAAAAUAUAUUGUUAAAAUUUCAAAGAAAAAAUAUUGCUUGUUUAUGUAGAGCUUUAGAGGGACUAAAGCAUGUAUGCCAGUCUUGGGUCCUCUGUUUUAUCAGGAAAGGAGCUGUUGACCAGAUACAUGUAGGUAUUGGUAACGAUCCCCAAGAGAGAUAAUUUCAAGAAUCCUCAUGGACUUUGGUAGGAUUUUCACACCUCACACCUCUACGUCAUCAUUUCACAAUGUCCAAUUUGUUGCAACUUUAACAGAAUGACACAGUGACAGGGAAACAAUAAGAAAGAUUCGUGAUGAAAUCCAAGUUCUGUUGAACUGAAAACUAUAUGUGAGGGCACUGUAAAGCCUACUCCGAAAAGUCAGAAUACACCACAAUCAAACAAGCCUUGUACAUUGCUCCUACAUUGUAAGCAACAUUUUUACAUUUUUGGCACUAGGAUGCUUAGCCAUACACAGAGCAUAUAACCCAGUGCAUACAUCUGGACCCAAUUUCAUGGCGUUGCUAAGCACGAGAUACUACGCUUACAGAGGCUACACGAAUAUCAUGGAGACCGUUUAAGCACAGCACACAGCACAUUUAGCCUACAUUGGAAAAAAAAUUGGCUUAAUAGUGAUAUGACAAUGGAAAUAUCCAUGCGCGCCCAUGCAAUUUUAGCACAGUAAUUGUGAAACAUUCAUCAUGAAAUACACUUACCGUCGAGCAAUUUUUGGGUAAGCAAAAAAGUUUGCUUAACGGUAAGCAGCAUCAUGAAAUUGGGCCCUGUUGUAGGUCCUCUGAGACCCUUAAGUGACCAUAAAAUUCCUGUGGAGUGCAGUGAGCCACUUCAGUAUUCCAACAGCACAUACUUAUAAUGAAAUGCAUCCAAGCUCAUUCUGGUACAGCAAUCAGCGCAUGCAAAGUAUGCACCAUCAGCAUGACCAUACAACAUGCUUUGUUCUUGAAUGUCCUUGCCUUUUUUGAAAUACUGAACUAGCUCAUGGUCCAUUCAAGUCAAUCAUGCGAUUGGCCCCUCAACCCAAGGAUGCAUUUACUCAGAUGGAACUGUAAUAUUUUAAUUGCUUAAAGUUUGCAUAAAGCAACACUUACAUAUUUAAUUUUACAUUUGAAGACUAAGUGCAUGUAUCUUUGGUAGUACAAAUGUUUUGAAACCAAAUUACUGACAUUAGAAAAAAUGUUCCAAAGUUCAGAACCAUGUUCCCAUUACGUUGAAAGACUGGUGGCUAAAUACUGAUCUCGGAUGUAACCAACUUCCUUAUUAGCAAUAAGCCUUUUGCGAUAAAAUCUGGUACACUGAGUUCUUUAAAUUUAUGUGAACAUAACAACUUGAAUUCUCCAU